UUUGAAUUAAAAUUAUAUAAAUAAGAAAUGGUUUUAAUUAUUAAUUGUAUUAUAUUUUGAACAUAUUAGUAAACUACGUAUGCAUGGAUGCUACCUUUCGGUACCUUCUUUUCAUUGUUGAGUUUGUCUCUAACAUUAUAGUAUAGUAAAGGAUAUUCUAUAAAUUUUUUUUUUAGAGUAAUAUACACUAGCAUUUCACAGGCGCAAUAUGUUCCGUAUUGAUAGUUACCGGAUACAUUUAUUGAUUACACAACAAUACCAAAUAAUGCGAAAUAACCUAGUAAACUAUAUUCGAAAGUAAGGCACGUUUCAACAAAACUCGGUUUUUAAAUGACAAAAAGGGCAGCCACGGUACUGCUUGCAUGGGACAAAGAAGGACACGACAAGUUUCAAAUACUUUAUUUCUGCGCGUUUUAAACGUGAUAGUAACAGCAACUUAUAUGAAUAUCCAUAACCCAUUUAAUGCGACACACAGUUCACAGUGUAAACUGCUACAGGAAUUGUAAAUCUAUGCAAGCCAAGUAAAAAGUUGUUCAAGUUUUGCGAAUAUUUGAAAAGGAAAAAAUAUCCGCAUCGAAUUAUCGAUCAAACAGAUAGCUUUAUUUGGAACGGUAUUGUAUUUAAAUGAAAUUUACAUGUCAACAGUUUCUGCUCUGUUGCAAUGCAGGAAAUCACAAUUACAAGAAUUGAAAUCGGGCAUACUUAACAUCCCACUUUUGGAAAACUUCAAAAAGGCGUGCGUAAUGAGUUUUGUAGUUGUAAUAAAGCAAAUAGUUGAUUUCAUCCGUUGAAAUUUAUAACGUGGCUUAUAGAAAGAACCUUGCUCAGCUAUAUAAUGAUCUAAGUAGUGGCGUGUAUUUUUUAUUGAGUGAGAAAAAUAAGUUUAAAUUAUUAUAUGGAAAGUAAGUAGUGGCGUGUGUUCUUUAUUGAGUGAGAAAAAUAAGUUUAAAUUAUUAUAUGGAAACUCAAAUGCAAAAAUACAACAAUAAAUUAAAGAGAAUUUCGUGCUCAUACAAGUGACUAGCGUUAUGAAAUUAAUUUUUUAUUUCGUUUAAGAAAUCAACCAACGUAAGUGCCAAAUUGGAAAAAAUUGGAGUUCCAUUAAUGUCAGACGCCAGAACUUAGAACGAGCCACAUCCACUGAUACGUGGGACACAUGAGUUUAUAUGUGAAGUUCGGUUUUGAUUGAUUUUUUAUUGAUACAUUUUAAAAUGUUUUGAAGCUUAAGGUGAAAUGGGUGAUUCAGAAAGUGAAGAUAGUGAUGGUGAAGGUGGUCUUGGCAAUGUAUCCCGAGUGAUUAUACGGCCUCCUGGGCAGAGCGGAAAAGCAAAACGUGGUCAUCUUUGUUUUGAUGCUGCAUUUGAAACAGGCAAUUUAGGCAAGGCUGAUCUCGUUGGUGAUUUUGAAUACGAUUUAUAUUUGCGGCCCGAUACAUGUAAUCCUAGAUAUCGAUUUUGGUUUAAUUUUACUGUGGAUAAUGUUAAAGUCGAUCAACGCGUUAUUUUUAAUGUAGUAAAUAUGAGUAAGCCAAGGAAUUUAUUUAAUUCUAAUCUCACGCCCUUGGUUAAAUCAUCAAGCCGUCCAAAAUGGCAACGAUUGCCAAAAAAAAAUGUUUUUUAUUAUCGAUCAAUUUUGCAUCAAAAUCAAUAUGUGCUAAGUUUUGCAUUCUCCUUCGAUAAGGAAGAUGAUGUCUACCAGUUCGCUGCGGCUUUACCAUACAGUUAUUCUCGACUGCAGUCCUAUUUAAAUGUUUUAGAUGCGAAGCAAACGGAAUUGCGUUUUAAACGUAGUGUAAUGGCUAAAACUCUGCAAAAUCGUAACUUAGACCUCAUAACGAUUGAUCAUGUCACUGGAAAAAUGAAAACAAACCGAAUAGAAAAAUCCUUUAUACGUGUUAUAGUUGUAAUAUGUCGCUUACAUGGCGCAGAAGCUCCUGCUUCAUUUGUGUGCCAAGGAUUUCUUGAAUUUCUUGUAGGCAACCACCCAAUUGCUAAUGUACUACGGGAAAAUUUUGUAUUCAAAAUAUUACCGAUGGUUAAUCCGGAUGGGGUAUUUCUUGGGAAUAAUCGAUGUAAUUUAAUAGGCCAGGACUUAAACCGUGUCUGGCACAUAGCAACCGAAUAUUCACAUCCAACUGUUUUUGCUAUAAGGAAUAUGUUAAAAGAAUUAGAUAACUCCGAUUCUUAUCAAAUCGAUUUUGUAUUCGAUAUACAUGCACAUACCAGUAUGCAUGGCAGUUUUAUAUAUGGUAAUACAUACGAGGAUGUUUACCGUUAUGAACGUCAUUUGGUCUUUCCACGUCUUUUUGCUGCCAAUGCUGCCGACUAUGUUCAAAGCAAUAUGAUGUUUAAUGCGGAUGAACGAAAGAUCGGUUGUGUGCGCCGCUUUUGUUGCGAACGUUUGAGCGAUACAAUUAAUUCAUACACAUUGGAAAUUUCUGUAGGUGGCCAUUAUCUCAGGGAUGGAAAAACCAUUGCUUUAUACACAGAAGAUGGCUACUACCGUUGUGGACGGACAUUGGUACGCACACUACUGCAGUAUUAUCGUUUUAUUAACGUUUUAGCAGUUCCAGUGCCUCCAGACAUACGCCAAAAGCACAAAAAUCGACCACGCACUCAUCAAUCACGAUCCCGUUCGAAAACACGUUAUGAAGUUAAGCCUAGGCCGCAAACAACGCGGUAUUAUGCACCCAUUUCUUAUAUGAAUAUAUCAAUAAACUAUGACUCUUGCGGCUCAUCUGACGAAGGUGGAUUCUCUCCUUUACGGCCCAAAGGUCCUGGGUGUAGUCAUUUCAGUGGCUACCGUAGUAUUGGUCGUCACGAUCCUGAACAGUUUACUUUACCAAUUAUCAACACGAAAAGAUAUGAUACUUUAAACCAGCCUCAUGAAGGAUUUUAUAAAGGAAGUAGGUCUAUUGCAGAAAAAACUAUUAAGCUUCCUACACAUAUAUAUGAACCGUCAGUUAAUAUGCCGCCAAAGCCGUAUUUGUCGAUUAUUGAUUUGAAUCAAUUAACACGUGGUAGUCUGAAUGUAAAAUCAAAUAUUUUAGGUAAUUCAUAGAACUAUGAAAUGGAAAGAAUAGAAGUUAGACUAGUUAGACAAUUUGAAAUUUACACGUUUAAUAUUUUCCUCUUGUUAUAAAGUGUAUUUUAAAAGAAUAUUUUUUAUAGAUUCAA